CUAAGGUUGUAGUGCAUGGCAUCAUCACAGAAUCACGGUUGCAUGGUUCGUCAGCACAGUUCUCAUGCACUGAGAUCUCACUUACGUGUCAGCGAGCGAAGCGUAAGGUCAUUCGACAACUCUCUCGUCCUGAAGAUUUCGUGGAUCCCACAGCACAAGAUACAUCUGGCUAGAGUCCAUUCCAAGCUUUCGUCGAUCCAGCACUGCGUAAGGUCCUCAGUCGCUCCAUUGAUAGUCCUGAUGGAGCAGUCUGAGAUACCUGCACCCUCAACGUUGCUCAGGAAUGUCAGGUUUGAUGCUUUACUAAACCUGGUGUGCGGAAUAUGUGAAGAGAAGAAACUACGACCGUCGAUGAAGUACACCGCCGGAGGAACCCUCGCAGUAGCUCUUACAACAGGCGUCGGAGUUCUCCUAUUUGGCCCCGUGGGCUUCUUAGCAGGCAGCGCAACGGGCGGUCUGGUGAGCUUCCUCUAUACACGAGGGAAGUUCAAGAGCGCCGCACGCAUCAUCAUGGAAGACCUGACCCCGGAGGAGAGGGAGAGGCUCCUCAUGAGAGUGAAGCAAUUGGCAAGGUCCUGAACUCGUCUACGUCCCUUGGCCAGCCGCCUGUUCCCUGACGUUACGGAUCGCAGUAGAUAAUCCACGGACUCCUCCGCCCUGCACGUUGAGGUGGCUUGGCUGUUUUCCAGUGUGUCUGCGCCUAUUUUCAAUAAAAAUUAUUUUAUACUCCUAUGACUUACCUUUCCCAUUGGUACGUGAUUUACCUCUGUAUCUGCUUCUACUAUACAUAACACUUCUUCUACGCUACUUACUUUAUAUUCCUUAUUUGCCUUGUUUUAUUUGUGCAAUUUCGUCUUCGACUAAUUCACCUUAGCUUUGUUUUUCUCUCGUUUUCCCCUUUUUGUUUCUCCGUUUUCUCUCACGGAUUCCUUCUUUCACUUUUUCGUACUUUCCUGUCAUUUAUCUAUUUUAUCUAAUUUGCCCAUUUAUGUAUAGUUUUAUUUAUUUAUUUAUUUUUAUUUCUUCUAUUUCCAAACUUACCCUAGACCCACUGUACACAUUCAACAAAUGAAAUGAAUUGCAUUAUGGGUAACAUCUCACCAAGCGUCAAGUCAGUUCGGUCUAAGAGAGAAAGGCUUUUGUCUUGUGUGGUGACAGACUCUCUGGAUUUUUAACUGGCUGCCUGUACUUCUCGUGCUGUGGCGGGUUGCCUCUGUUUUCUAAGCAAUUAUAUGGUGUGUUGUGCGAAAUAAAUGUAUAUUAUGGGA